AUUUUGACCAUUCUCCAUACCUUUUAAAAAGGUUGCCGCAGUGCUAGUGGUAGUGAUUGCGCCAUAAUGGUAGUCGAUGGCUACUAGUUACACUUUGUCAGGCCUCGACUUUCUUAGGUCUUCAAUAUUUAAGUAUGAUACAGCCCCAGUUACCAGUCUUUUCAACCCACCGUCAGCAGUCCCAUGACCAACAUCGACGACGUCCUGGACUCCGAAAUCUUCGCUCAAAGUGAGGACGCGCAAGAUGAAGGAAACAAUGUGUCAGUAGCGGGGGCGCCAAUAGAGAAGGCAAUGAAAAUUCACUUGUAUCCGAUAAAUAUUCACGUCAUCCACAGAACAAUCCCUUGGGUUACAAGGUUACCUUGCUGUCCUCCGUUAUGCUCAAUAUCGGGCAAAUACUCGGCGCAGGAAUAUACUCUGUCCCAGGCGUCAUACUGAAUUCUGUUGGCUCGGUCGGCUUACUCUUCGUCUUCUGGUUGUUGGCUCCGUUGUUUGCACUCGGAGGUCUCAUGAUAUACAGUGAAUAUGCAAGUAUGUUCCCAAAGAGAUCCGGGGCAGAAGUUGUGUACUUGGAGCAGGCGUAUCCUCGUCCACAGUUUUUGGUCCCAGUAAUGUUUGCUGUAACUUCAGUUCUUCUGUCUUUUAGCGCAACGAAUUCCAUUGUAUUUGCGCAAUAUGCGCUUACAGCUUUCGAUGUUCCCAUUACUUCUGAAAGGCAAACCAUUGUCGCUGUAACAGUGUGUGCUGUUAGUAUGGCUUUCGUCGCCCUGUCUACAAAGUGGUCUUUAAGAGCUGUGAACUUUCUCAGUGGUUUGAAGGUUCUUUCUCUUGUCUUCUUGGUCUUCACGGGCGCCCUCGUACUUGGUGGUUUCACUCACAUCCGUAAUCCUCUUGCCAAUUUUCGGUCUCCCUUCAGCGGGAGCACGACCAAUUCAAAUUCUUUGGCUACCGCCCUAGUCAAGACUAAUUAUGCCUUCGUUGGUUGGCACAACGCAUUUAAUGUCAUUGGUGAAGUCCAUACGCGUGACCCUGUCCGCACAGUACGCAAAGCCGGCCUGCUAUCGCUGCUCUUAGUCACAUGUCUUUUUUUCUUCGUCAAUGUUGCUUACGUGGCAGCGGUGCCAAAGGACGAGAUGAGCGAUUCUGGGCAACUCAUUGCGGCUCUAUUUUUCCAACGUGUAUACGGAGGGAGCUUCGCAGCCAAAACCCUGCCGAUCAUGGUUGCUUUAAGUUGCUUUGGCAACAUUAUCGCCGUGACAGUUGGUCAGACACGCGUAUUGCGUGAGAUUGCCCGUCAGGGGCUGCUUCCAUAUCCGAUAUUCUUUGCAUCGACCAAGCCAUUCGGCACACCAUUGGGACCCGUAUGUCUGAAGUACCUUCUCACAGUAUUUGCAAUAGUUGCCCUCCCAGCUCGAGACGCAUUUAACUUCUUGUUGGACUUGGCUUCCUAUCCUAAUUUAGUGUUCCAUGCUGCGAUGGCUAUAGGAUUAUGGCUUCUUCGAAGGCGGCGAGCGCUUGCUAGCCUCGCGCCUUCAAAGUAUCGCGCAAGGAAUAUCUACAUUUCGCUUUACCUCCUCAGUACAGUGUUUCUUCUCAUAAUGCCCUGGGUACCACCGGAACCUGGUCAUAGCGACGUGUCUUUCUGGUACGCAACUUAUUGUGUGGUGGCCCUUGGUCUCCUUGCGGUGUGCGGAGUCUAUUACUGGCUGUGGAUUAUUUUCUUGCCAUGGAUGGGAGGAUACACCAUCGUGGAGGAGGUAGAACGAUUGGAGGACGGCGCGUUGACCGCACGGUUGACACGUAAAUACCACCCUUCGGUUGCAGACAUCGAUAAUGGAGAGCAACAACCACUUAUUGCCAGUAUUUGAUAGGCUUAAAUAAUUGUAGUAACACUCCUUGUAAUGUAUUGCCAAAGUUCACGAUCUUUGUAUCAAUAUCGUACGAGUGCGUGGUCCUUCCACAUUAAAUUUAACUUAAGAC